AUGAAUUACCAAAGUUGUUUAGAAGAAACAGUCGCAAAAACGCGUCAAGUACUCAAGGAAAGAUUAACAGAUCGUUCCGUACCUGAUGUACUUGUAGGCUUAGAGGAACAAUAUACAGAAUUACUAAAUUAUAUGAAUCGGACUGUAUCUUUGGGUGAAAGCAAUACUUGUAUACUUAUUGGGCCAUCCGGCUGCGGGAAAACUGCGUUGGUUAAAAAAGCUGAACAAAGUCUAAAUGAAACGUUCGAUGGUGAUUUUUAUUGUGUGAAUCUAAACGGAUUAUUACAUACAUCCGAUCAAUUUGUACGUUAUCAAAUUGGUUUACAACUCGGACAACAGAUUAAAGGAUUUAGAUCAGAUGGAGAUGUUUUCAAUCUUUUGAAAUCCGGAUCUAGUAAUACCAAACCUAUAUUUAUAAUAAUCUAUAAUUUUGAUGCAUUCGCGAAAAAUUGCAGUCAAUUAUUUGUAUAUAACAUAUUUAAUAUUGCAACAAGCAAAAAUUGUCCAAUUUCGGUAAUUGGAAUUACUCGAAAGGCGGUAUAUCGACCUUGCACUAUUGAAAAUUUUGCUGAAAUCAUUAAAAAUUGUUUAAUGAUUGAUGAGACAAUAGUUGAUAACACUGAAUAUUGUCAUGAGUUCAAUGAAAAAAUAGAAGAAUUAUUUGAUGAUGAAUCUUUCUAUAAUCUCAUAAGUCAAACAUUUAAUUUUUCAACAGAUAUUAUUAGGAGUUUUUAUAAAAUAUGUUUUGAUGCGGUCUGCAAAUUGACCGUCGAUUCUCCAUUCCUUUCACCGGAAGACUUUUCAAUAUCAACUUUGCAAGACUGUGGAAAUAUAGAUACUGUUUUAAAAGGACUUACGCAAAAUCAAUUAUGGUUAUUACUUGCAAUCAAUUCGUUAGACAUACGUUUCCAAAAAAAAACUUUUAAUUUUACAAUGGUUUAUGAAGAAUACAAGAAUUAUAUGAAAAGCUACGCUAGAGAAUCAGGUAGUACAUAUAGAAUGAAGAUAUGUAAAGAGCACGUUGCACUCGCUGAAUUUGAAUUUUUGGAAUCGCGUAAAAUUUUACAUUGUGUCGAUGAAAGUAAAUUUCAACAAAAGCAAUAUAGAAUGAUGAAAUUACUGUUGUUGCCAGAACAAAUUACAGAUGCCAUUAACGAUAAUGAAAAAUGUCCGAUAAUGAUGAAAGAAUGG